UUGUUUAUUUGAAACUCAUUACUUUUAUUAAUACUGUUCAAUCUGUUGUUUAUGAAUUUGUUGUCAGUCAGUUACAAUGUUUGUUCAAAGAUUUUGGGCCUAAUGUCUUUGCCAAGUUUGGUCCAUGAAAUUGGCGGUGUGCCGGGGUCCUAUGAUACCACGAAAUCAGAGAUUCUCAAAGAUGGAAACAAGAAAACGGAAAACGAUGAAAGACACACCCACAUUGGGUGUUCAUGAUGUUGUGCUUUGUCCGAUUAUAAUGGGGUCUUGGACAACACUGUGGUGGCCAGGAUUUAUUAGUAAAAAGGAAAGUGCUAAAGUUGAAGUAUCGUUUUGGGAUGAGGAUUCUGUCAUUUCAUUAGAUAUUGAUAGGCUAAAAGCUUUUGAUAAGGCUUCACCAGUUGUUGCACAGAGUCUAAAAAAACUUACUAAAAGACCAGAACUGGAGAAAUAUAAAAGAGACCUUGAAAUUGCUGAUAGAUCAAAGAGCAUUAAUUUGUCUACAGGGAAUCCAGCGAAACAAGAAAAACUAGGCCCUAAGGAAGAUGUACCAGGACUUAGUGAGGAUAUGGUGUCUGAACUCAGAAAUACAGGUAUUGUUUCGGGGGCAGAAAUUCCUUAUAUCAAAGGAAUAAUGGUCUCUGGACUGGAGAAAAGAUGUGUGAAUGAAGUGAAGUCAUUUGCUUUUGAACAUGGUGUCAAAUUUCAUCAUCUUUUCAACGACUCUGUAAGCCAUGUCAUUGUUAGGUCAAGUGGACGUGUUUGUGAUAGAACAAUGAAGUAUUUCUUUGGAUUAGCAAAUCAUUGCUGGAUACUUGAUUAUAGUUGGAUAAAACAAAGUAUUCAGAAAGGGUUUUUUCUGCCAGAAGGUGAUUUUGAGAUAAUUGGCGACAACACCAUCGGCAUCAACUAUGGGCCAAAACUGUCCAGAGAAAUGCAGAAUCCAAUCCUAAAAAAUCAUCAGAUAUAUGUUGAUGUAAAGAAAUGCGAAACAGUGGACCCAGCAUGCCUGAAGUAUCUUGUGGAAGCAUGUGGAGGCCUUUUGAUAUCAUCUGCAAAAGAAUUCCAGAAUAAUGCAAUGAGGAAAGUAAUUUUGACUUGUUUUUCCGAUGAUGAUGUCAGUAAGGAGGAUUCAAAGAAAUUUAAAGAUUUGCAUUUUGAGACUGGAGUUCAGACAGUAAGUCGGGAGUGGCUGUUCGAUUCUCUAUCAUCUUCUCAUGCCAAAUCUUUGUGUAACUAUCUGAUAUAUGAAAAAGACAGUGAUAGUGAAAAAGACAGUGAUAGUGAAGAAGAGGAGACAUCAUCAGAGGAAGAUGAUGAUAGAAAGGAUUCAGGCUAUGAUAUUUUAAAAUUAGAUAAUCAUUCAUUUGAUGAUGAUGACAGUGAUGGAUCUUAUGAUUUUGAUGACAGUGACAAGUCUGUUGAUUUUGAUGACAGUGAUGAAUCUGAUGAUUUUGAUGACAGUGAUGAAUCUGAUGAUUUUGAUGACAGUGAUGAUUUUGAUGACAGUGAUGAAUCUUAUGAUUUUGAUGACAGUGAUGAAUCUUAUGAUUUUGAUGACAGUGAUGAAUCUGAUGAGGAAGAUGGUAGUGAUAGGAAUGAUUCAGAAGAUAAAAUUCUAGAAUCGGAUGAUUCAACUGUAUCGGAAAUCAUUCCAAUUAUUUCUCAAGGAAAUAACGAAUCAAAGCUCAGUGGCAUGUCUCAUGAUUCUGAAGUCAGACUUCAAGUUCCAAAACAAAAUGCAGUCAAAGUGCAAGAAUCAAACAACAAGGAAGACGGUAGAGUGUGGGAUAAAGUCCAUUUUUGUCUGUAUUGUCAAAAAAGUUUCACAAAUAUUACUAAACAUUAUCUAGGCCCACAUAAGGAGGAAGUAGAGGUUCAGAGAAUCCUUGCCAUGAAGUUACAGACUGAGGAAAGAAAAUUAGCACUACUUAAACUCAGAAACACUGGUGACUAUACCCACAACAUGGAAGUGUUGCAGAGUGGCACAGGGAUACUUAUAACUUGGUCACGCAGAGAUGAAGCAUUGUCUGCUCAAAGUUACCUGCCAUGUGAGGACUGUCUUGCCUUUUUUGUUGAUAAAAAUUUAUGGAGACAUAGAAAAGUUUGCCCUCUGAGGAAAAGCAACUCAACAUCUAAUAAAAAAUUGAAGUCUCGUGCAUCUCUUCUUCUACCAAGUUCUGUUGAUAUUGGCAGAGGAUUGAAGGAUAAUGUUAUAGGCCACAUGCAGUGCGAUGAAGUUACAAUAGCUGCCAGGAAUGACCCCAUGAUCAUUCGGAUAGGUGAAAAACUAUACCAAAAACAUGGACAUUUACCUCAUCUCUAUGUCCAUAUCAGUCAGAAAAUGAGAGAAUUAGGGAGAUUCCUUGUUACAGUCAGAAAGAUAGACUCGGAGACAAAUAAUAUGUCAGAACUCCUCAUUCCCAGGAAAUUUCCUGUUGCAAUUAAAGCCACUCGUGCCCUUUGUGGCUACAAGGAAAAUGAAAACAAGUACAGUAACCCUUCCUUGGCAUUGAAAUUAGGCCAUCUGCUUAAAAAAUGCUGCACUGUAAAGAAAGCUAUUUCCUUAGUUUCUGGGGAUAGAUCAGCUGUACAAGAUGCCCAUGAUUUUCAUUCUUUGUGUGAAAGUGAAUGGAAUGAAGACAUAUCGAAUGCAGCAUUGGAAACGCUGAGCACUAAGAAAAAAGAGAAAGGAAACAUUUUACCUUUGACAGAAGACAUCAAGAAACUUCAGAGCUUCUUGAAAGGAAAAUUGACUAGUUUAGUUAAAGAACUAGAAAAACAGUUUGCAAAAUCAAAAUGGGAUGAACUCAAUCAAGUGACACUGGCAAGUGUCGUACUAUUUAACAGAAGAAGAGGUGGGGAAACGGAGAGAAUCACGGUGAAAUGUUAUUUAGAUUCUAAAUCCAAAUGCUCUUUACGAGAUUCACUGAAAGAUAUUGAGGAAUCUCUAUCACCAGUGGAAAAAAUGAUGUGCUCCAUGUUCCAGCGGAUAGAGAUAAGAGGCAAAAGAGGCCGAACAGUUCCAGUUCUUCUUCCUCCAAAUAUAGUGGAAAACAUUGAAUUCUUGCUGAAGUUAAGAAAUGAUGCAGGGGUACACAAGGAGAAUGAAUACCUCUUUCCAAGAUCAACAUUCGAUUCAAAAAAUCCAGUACGAAGUGCAGAUUGCUUAAGAAAAUUUUCAAAAGAAGCUGAUCUUGCUUUUCCAGAAAAUAUAACAAGCACCAAAUUAAGGAAACAUGUUGCAACAAUUUCACAGAUUCUGAAUCUUACCAAGUCUGAUUUAGAAAAUAUGGCAAAUUUUCUUGGGCAUGACAUUGAAGUACAUCGGUCGUUCUAUCGUCUUCCACAAGAGACUCUCCAGAUAGCAAGAAUGGGCAGGCUGCUUACUGCAUUUGAUAAUGGAACAAUAGGACAGUACAGUGGGAAGCGACUUGAGGAAAUUGCUGUGUUUGAAGAUUUAGAAUCUGAUGGUGAGAAAGAAGAUGAUGAAACACAGUCUCGGAAUGGUGGAACACAGUCUCGAACACAGUCUCGGAAUGGUGGAACACAGUCUCGGAAUGGUAGAACACCGUCUCGGAAUGGUGGAACACAGUCUCUUGAAGAUACUAGUGUUACAGUAAGUGCUGACAAGGGACAUCGAGGAGGCAAAUUUUCUUGCAAACAGAAGAAUGAUAAGAGAGAAAAGGUCUACCUUUCUCAGCAGGAGAAAUCGUUACUUAGACAAUUUUUCACGACAAACAUAGUGCAAAAAAAAGAAUUGAAGAAGACCGACUGUGAAAAGUUUAUUGAAAAGAACCCAAAUCUGCAAAGACUAGGAUGGAGGAAAAUUAAAAACACGAUUCAUAAUUGGAUAACCGAAGAAAAAAAGAAGAUCGAAAGUUUGUUGAAAAAAAAGUAGAUUUUCUGUUUUCAUCAACAUGAUCGAUUUCUGGACAUGAUGGUCAAAUGUUGACUAAGCCACUCAAAUGACUUAAUUACAAUUUACAGUUUUUAUACACCUAUCUUUAGACAUAUUAUGGUACAGCAAUAUCUGUCCGUCUGUUAGUGGUUUUCUGUUUCUAAUUUCAUUUCUUUGUCAUGUAUCAAGCUGAAACUUGCUAUGUAGCUUCGUUGUAGAUCAUUCUAUAUCGUACUGCAAUUUUGAUCCAUUUUGACUUCUCGUGCAUUUUUACCUCUCCCCAGGGGGCAGGGCAAAAACUUCCCAAAAUUGACCAAUUUUUAAAAAUCUUCUUCUCUACAACUGCACAUGUGUAAGAAAAACUAAAUGCCUAGUGAUGUAGAGCAGGAAAGCCUCCACCAAAAUUGUAAAUUUCAUGAUCCCCAGGGUAGGAGUUUUGACCUGUGAGUGGGGCCAAACUUACUAUAUAGUGUUUAUGUGUAAAACACUUAGAUAACAUCUUCUUUAGUGUUAUUGAUACUAAAUUGAAACGAAAUGGAUAUUUAGAAAGAGGAGGUAGUCCUUUACCAAAAUUGUAAAUUUGAUGAUCUCCGGGAUAGGGGUUCUGACCCCAGGGUGGGACCAAACUUAGUAUACAGUAUUUAUCUGUAAGUUUGCUGAUGCUGUAUAAAAUCUAAAUGCAUACUUAGGAAUAGCAGAAAAGGAUGUACAAAAAAUGGUAAUUUUACACAUCUUGUUUUAUACUGUUGCUGAACAUUAGAAUUUAGCUUAGAUAUUCAGAACAGGAAUUUUUUUUUUCUAGAUUCCACAGCCCUUGGGAGUAGUGAUACUUUUUUUCUAGUAUUCAGGUGACCUAUAAGGCCUGUAGGCCUCUUGUUGAAAAAAUUACAGGAUAUUGAACUUAAUCACCUUCAAGGAAUUAUUGCAUAGAGAGUACAUGAUUUGUCUUUUAUUUUUCCUUCUACAGUUAAGUUUUUAAGUGAGGACCUUAUUUUACAGAGUAUUUGUAUGGGUAUGGAAGAUGUGCAUGUGGCAAGGAUUUUGAUUUUCUUCUUAGUGGAAAUAUGUGGUUUUCUUAUGUUAAUACUUCCUUCAGUUUAUCUGUUUUGUAAAAACAUAGUAACUUGUAUUUUUUUUAGGUCACCUGAGUCACUCAGGUGAUCUAUUGCUAUUGGUCUGUGUCCGUCGUGUAAAUCACUUAAAUAACAUCUUCUUUAGUGCUAUUGAUAUUAAAUUGAAAUUAAGUGGAUAAUUAGAAAGAGCAGAAACUGUUUGAUGAAGCCAGGGGUAGGGGUUUUGGUAUCAGGAUGGGCACAAAAUGGUCAGUUAUUAAAUGUGUGAACAAUGAUUAUUAUUUUUUUUUAUUUCUUCUUGAUAACUACUAUUUCAAUUCUUUUCAAAUUUGGUAUGAAGCAUCUUUGGGACAAGGGGGACAUAAACUGUAAAUUUCGGGAUUGGGUUCUACCAAAAUUGUAAAUUUCAUGACCCCCCUGGUUAGGGGUUCUGAACCCAGGACAGGGUCAAACUUACUAUAUAUACUACUGUUGUGUAAGUCCCACUAUGAUGUAUUCUGUUAAUUUUACAAAUAAAAUUCUGUGUGUAGUA